GUAGCACGGAAGUCCUGCGCUCGCGGGCAGCUCGGGAUUGGUCGAGGCCUGGCGAGCCCCGCCCCCGGCCGCUAAGACCUUCCAGACCCCGCCCGCAGGCAGCCCCUGGUCCCUGGUGGCUGGCGGCGCGGGGCGAACCGGGAAGGAAUCGGAGCCGGACGGGCGAGGGCUGCCAUAGUAAAUAGGUACGGGCAGGAUAGAGUUGUGAAGCUGAGACGUGGAAGCUACACGGGGCAGAGGGGUGGACAUCAGACACCGCAGCAGGGUCGGGACAAGUGCGUGUGACCGGAAAGACAAGGCCACAAGGCCAGGUUCCAGGGUGUCUCCCUCCCCGCAGGCCCGGAGCAAUGGAGGCCCUGGGAACACGGGCCGCACCUCCCCCUGCACCAGGUGGCCUCUCGGGGGCAGGGGGGUGGGGACCUCCAGACCCCGCUCCAGAGCCCAAGCAGCUCCCUGAGCUGAUUCGCAGGAAGCGAGACGGAGAGCGCCUGAGUGAGGAGGAUAUCAGGGACUUCGUGCGUGCGGUGGUGGACGGCAGCGCACAGGACACACAGAUCGGGGCUAUGCUGAUGGCCAUCCGGCUGCGAGGCAUGGAUCUGGAGGAGACCUCUGCACUGACUCAGGCCCUGGCCAAGUCUGGGCAGCAGCUGGAGUGGCCAGAAGCCUGGCACCAGCAGCUGGUGGACAAACAUUCCACAGGGGGCGUGGGUGACAAGGUCAGCCUGGUCCUGGCACCCGCCCUGGCUGCAUGUGGCUGCAAGGUGCCAAUGAUCAGCGGAAGAGGUCUGGGGCACACAGGUGGCACCCUGGAUAAGCUAGAGUCCAUUCCUGGAUUUAGUGUCAUCCAAAGCCCAGAACAGAUGCAAAUGCUGCUGGAGGUAGUGGGCUGCUGUAUCGUGGGUCAGAGUGAGGAGCUGGUCCCUGCGGACGGACUCCUGUAUGCAGCUCGAGAUGUGACAGCCACUGUGGAUAGCCUGCCACUCAUCACAGCCUCUAUCCUCAGUAAGAAGGCCGUGGAGGGACUAUCUGCUCUGGUGGUGGACGUUAAGUACGGCGGGGCCGCAGUUUUCCCUGACCAGGAGAAGGCCCGGGAGCUGGCACGGACGCUGGUUGGCGUGGGGGCGGGGCUGGGGAUGAAGGUGGCUGCCGCGCUGACCGCCAUGGACAAUCCCCUGGGCCGCUGCGUGGGCCACUCCCUGGAGGUGGAGGAAGCACUGCUUUGCCUGGAUGGCGCGGGGCCGUGGGACCUGCGGGACCUGGUCGUUCGGCUCGGUGGCGCCCUGCUCUGGCUCAGCGGACAGGCGGAGACCCAGGCGCAGGGCGCAGCGUGGGUGGCCCAGGCACUGGACAGCGGCUCAGCAAGGGACCGCUUCGAGCGAAUGCUCAAGGGGCAGGGCGUGGACCCAGGUCUGGCCAGAGCGCUGUGCUCCGGAACCUCAGCCCAGCGUCGCCAGCUGCUGCCCCGCGCAAGCAAGCAAGAGGAGCUGCAAGCGCUGGAGGACGGCACCGUGGAGCGUAUCCAGGCGCUGCCGCUCGCCCGCGUGCUGCACGAGCUCGGCGCUGGACGCAGCCGCGCGGGGCAGACGAUCCGGCCGGGGGUAGGCGCCGAGCUGCUGGUCGACGUGGGCCAGAGGCUGCGCCGCGGGACGCCCUGGCUCCGCGUGCACCUGGACGGCCCGGCGCUCAGCGCUCCGCAACGCCACGCCCUGCAGGGGACCCUCCUGCUGUCUGACCGCGCGCCCUUCACACCCCCUUCGCCUUUCACCGAGCUGGUCCUGCCGCCGCCCUUGGAACAGCCCUGAAGCGGAGCAGCCGGGUAGCUGG